AUGCCUACAACCGCGAGGGCGCUUCUUGUUGAAAACGAAAGAUCUCCUUAUCUUCCCUCGUCGCAACUGUUCACUUCCCACGAAAUAUCCGAAUUGAGCGCUAUUUGCCGGUCACGAGGUCUCGAAGUAUUCCAGGCAAAGUACGAAGAGGGCUUUUUACAAGCUUUGGCGAGCUACAUCUUGUUUCACUUUUCAGGCAGUUUCACUAAUAUUGACGGAGAUCCAUUGAGGAGCCGGUUCUCGCUCACGAAAGGCUUAAUCACGGUGAAGGAUAUUUUAGAGGUCAUCCCGCGGCCUCGUUCUCCUCCAUAUCUUGCUUAUCUUUCCAGUUGUGAUACAUCGAGAACGUUUAAAAUAGAAUUUGCCAAUGAAUGUCUUCAUGCAGCUGGUGCUCUCUACAUGGGAGGUUUCCGUCAUACUAUAGGAACAUUAGGUGCAGUCGAGGACGAGUUUUGCGACGAGAUCUCGGGUAGAUUCUAUAGAGCUUGGGCAGAUAGAGGAUUCUCGGAUGAUGCUGUGGCAUUAUGUCUUAACGACGUGGCCCGACAAUGUAGGAAUCUGGGGAUUGGUGGGAAAUUUACAGACGAUGGCAUUAAUCUCGGGGAUGACAAUGAUGAUAAGAAAGAAAUGGACUGGGCUUCAUUUAUUCAUUUUGGGCCAUGA